UGAGCCCGGGUGAGGAUGACCAGGCCCUCUGUCCACCAUCUUGAACCCCUUCUCCAUGGUCACCAUUGAGGACAGUGAUCUGAGACCUCCUCAGGUGCUCUUCACAGUCAGUCUGCCUCCCACAACUCCUGAACGCGUGUCCUCCUUUAGUACAAAUCCCUCCCAGGAAAACUUGCCCUACUGGGGCCUCAUACACACCUCUGGGGGUAACUUCCAAGGGGCAGUUUAACUCAGGGCGAAGGGAAUGACCUUCACCCAAAGAGAAUGAGCUCUGAGACUCUGAGCCCAGCUGGGAGGGAUCUGGAAAGAUCUGGCCGCCUCUCUCCCGGGGACCACUGAGCACUCUGUCUGGAAGCCGGCCAGGGACAAAAAUGGGGGCCCGCUGGCUGGAUGAGUUGCCUGCAGCCUUGAUGCUGGCGCUAUUUUCCCUUCUCCCUGCAGUCUAACGUGUCGCUGAAGAAACUCAAUCUCUCCAUGAACAGCUUUGGGAACGAGGGGGCUGCAGCCCUAGGGGAGGUCCUCAGACUCAACAGCUACCUGACCUACCUAGACCUCAGCAGCAAUAACAUCACCAACGACGGGCUCUCCAAAAUCAGCAGAGCCCUGGAGUUGAAUGAAAGCCUCAAAGUUCUGAAGCUUUUCCUGAACCCCAUAAGUAUGGAUGGGGCUGUGUUACUUAUCCUGUCCAUCAAGAGGAACCCCAAAUCCAGGAUGGAGGAUAUUGACAUUUCUAAUGUCCUGGUGUCCGAGCAGUUCGUGAAAAUCCUGGAUGGGGUGUGUGCCAUCCACCCCCAGCUGGAUGUGAUAUACAAGUCAGUGCAAGCCCUCUCGGCCAAGAAAACCCUCUUCACGUGGACAAACCCUGUGAAACUGAUCCAGAGCUACGCAGACCAAAACAAAAUCUCCGUCCUGGACUUCUUCAGGAGCCUGAACCCUAGUGGAGAGAUGAUGAUGCCUGUGGGCGAGUUCCGGAAAGCCAUGAUACAGCAGAACAAGGUCCCCAUAAACCGGUACCAAGUCAGGGAGCUGAUAAAGAAGCUGGGCGAGAAGACAGGCAUGGUGGACUUCAGUUUCUUGAAAAUGACGAGGUCAUAGCAACACGUCCAGUCUGGAAAGACGUCUUGGCGACAGAGAACUCCUGGCACGUCGGCUGGUGGCAGGGGAGGAGGCGGAGAGCUGGCUGAAACCUCGGUGGACAAACCCCAAGGCCAGGGCUGUGAGCCAGCCAAUAAAGUCUGGCUUGGGUCUCCGGGCUGCUGAUGGCCUGCCCUUCCCCUGGGAGCACCCUCCGGUUUUAGGGAGCCCGUCCUUGGCGGCCUCAUCAAGAGCCAUGAGACAGAUUGGGAGCGCGUGGGGUUGUUGGGCGACAGAAUGAGAGCAGUGGGGGAAAGGUCAGCGCACGCAAGCAGUUGCCACCGUGCUUGUAAACUGUGUCUAGGGGGCAUGGCUGAGACUCGGCAGGAAGUGGCAGAGGGAGCGGGUGCUCAGGAAGUGAGGACGGGGCCUCUGGACGCACAGGCCAGGGUGUCACCUGGAGAGAGUCCGGGCGGGAGACGGAGCGAGCUGGCAUCCAGUGUAGCCUGACACGGCCUGGCCACCUGACCUUGGAGCCUCGUGGUUCCACCUGAAAAGUGGGACAGCUGAAACCAAAGAUCCCCCGUCAGUUCUAGGGAUCUGCCAUCCUGCAUUUCUUUGUAAAAUUGCUUGGGAAACGGAGGAGGCAUGAGGAGCUUAGCAAAAGAAGAGCAGGUGUAGCCAAGAACAGCAUAUGUUGAGCCGGCAGGGGGAAUGGGUGCCUUCAGGGGUUUUGAUUAAGCCCGCCAGCCGCCUCUGGGACGAACAAGGGCAGGAACUGUCCUUUGUACCUGUACAGUGCCUGCUUAUAGUAGGUGCUCAAUAAAAACA